AUGAGAAUGCAAUCAUUAUGGACGAGCAUCGCUUCUUUGAAGUCAUUCAUGCCAAAACUGCCAGAAGAACGACGGUCACUCCCCACAAGCGGCUUUAAAAUCAUUGAAGCUGAUCUGCUGGUUGAAGAGGAAGAACUGCCUGAUUAUAAGGCCGAUCGGUUCUAUCCUGUUCGGCUUGGUGACGUGUUUGAGGACCGCUAUCAAGUGAUUGCGAAACUGGGCUUCGGAUCCUCAUCAACCAUCUGGCUGGCCCGAGACCUAAAGUACUUGCGCUUCCACAAUGUUUUAUUCGCAUUAUACUCUUCAUUGAAGACGUAUGUACACACGUCUAAGUUCCACCGAGAGCUUCCAUUUUAUGACCACAUUUCCCCCUACUUUACAAAUAUUACGUCGCAUCGUGGGAGGCAUAAUAUACGCCGCUUGCUAAGCUCCUUCCAAAUAACUGGCCCUCAUGGCAAACAUACGGUCCUUGUAUUUCAAGCUUCACAGAUGAGCCUUCGUGAUAUGAAGUUUGUGUUUUUUCCGAAGGGGUUUAAUGAAGGAUUCGUUAAGGGCGCUAUUAUCGAGCUUCUCGAGGCUUUGGACUUCCUACAUACUCGCGGAGAGGCCAUCCACACAGAUGUACAUCCCGGCAACAUGCUCUUAGGCGUGUAUGAUAAUAAUAAUGUACUCGAAAACCUUGAGAAGAUGGAGUUCUCGUCCCCGGUUCCCCGCAAGAUGACCUCGGACUCUCGAACAAUUUACCUCUCGCGUUUAACAAAACCCAAAGAAGGCCCAAUGCUAUUAUCCGAUUUCGGGGAGACCAGAAUCGGCCCUGGACCACAUGGUGGAGAUAUCAUGCCACUGGAAUUUCGGGCUCCCGAAGUAUUGCUAUAUGUUGGCUGGAGCUACCCAGUUGACAUAUGGAGUGUUGGUCUCACGGCUUGGGACCUCCUCGGGUGUAAGAGAUUGUUUACGGCACGAGAUAAAGAAGACGGUAAGGCAUACGACGCGGUACACUUUGCGGAGAUGAUUGCAGCUCUGGGCCCACCACCCGCUGAAUUUUUAGCCAAAAACCCUGAGAGGAAAGCUGAAUUUUGGAAUGAGACAGGGGAAUGGCUGGGCCUGGCGCCUAUUCCGCAUGGAAGGACUAUAGAGUCUGUUGAGGAUCGGUUACAAGAUAAUAAGGAAUUCCUACGCUUCAUCCGGCGGACUCUGACCUGGAUGCCGGAACAGAGAGCUACAGCAAAGGAGCUACUACAGGAUCCUUGGCUGGCAUAA